CUCGUAAUAACUCGUUGUUGAAGUUUCGUUUGGCCGCGUAAAGAUUUGCAAAUGAAUGUUAUCUUUGUUUAUUAAACUACGUAUAGUAUGUAUUAUAAUAUAAAGCAUCAACUGCAAUGCUCUUCGAUGACUCAAGUUGUCUAAACAAAGUUUAGCGUUAUUUUGACUUAAUACAUUAGUCGUCCUAUGUGGAAAAGUGUUUCUCUAAUUCAGAUGUAAUAACAAUGUUAAAUAUUUACUAUGAACAACCUGCCUUCUACUAGUAAAUCGAAACAAAAUGAUGGAUUUGAAGACGAUGAAAUAUUCGAGGACUCUUCGUUGCUGGCCAAUUUUGAUAAUUCCUUCGUGCAAAGAUCCAAGUUCUCUGAGAGUAACUUGAAUGAUUCCAGAAACAAAAGCGGACUUAAUGUUAGUGCUCUAUGUUGUGACGAAGAGAUCAGCGGGUAUGACAAGCUGACAGGCAAGACAUGGAUCUACCCAACCAACUACCCAGUCCGAGACUACCAGUUCAAUGUCAUCAGAGCUGCUAUACUUCAGAAUACAUUGGUCAGUCUGCCGACUGGAUUGGGUAAAACUUUUAUAGCUGCAGUGAUAAUGUACAACUUCUACCGCUGGUAUCCACUGGGCAAGAUAGUAUUCACAGCACCGACUCGCCCACUGGUCGCACAACAAAUUGAUGCAUGUUACAACAUUAUUGCUAUACCACCCAAUGAUACUAUAGAAAUGACAGGUCACAUGCAAGUGAACACAAGGAAGCAACAUUGGAAGAAUAAAAGAGUGUUCUUUGCCACUCCCCAAGUGAUUUACAAUGAUAUGAAGUCUGGCAUAUGUCCGUGUGAUAAAAUCCGAUGUCUGGUGAUAGACGAAGCUCAUAGAGCGAGAGGGAACUAUGCGUAUUGCCAGAUUGUAUCCACUUUAGAUGAUGUUGGUCAUAAAACGUACAGGAUACUGGCGUUGUCUGCCACUCCUGGAAGCAAGGUUGAAGAUGUUAUAAAUGUUGUGAAAAAUUUGCAUAUAGCUCACUUGGAGCUAAGGACUGAGAAUUGUAUCGACGUAGCGCCGUAUAGUCACACCCGUAAGAUCAAGACCGUAGUACUGGAACUGGGAUACGAGCUGACUCAACUUAGGCAGCAGUAUAUAGAGAUACUGGACGGAUACGCCAGAAGAUUGAAACAGAUGAAUAUUCUACCUCCUAACUUAGGAAAUUUAUCGAAAGGCCGGAUUGUGAUGUUGUAUAAAGAGUAUCAGACGAAAGAUCGAAGUUUAAGGCAUCCACAACACAACUACAUAAUGAAAGACUUCACGAUCCUGAUCGCUCUGUACCAUGGACUAGAGCUGCUGGUUCAGCACGGUUCUAGAAUAUUCCUCAACUUCUUCGAUGAACACCCGGAGAAGUCUUGGAUGCAAGCUGAUGACAGACUCACAGCCUUGCUGGAGAGACUACGGGACGAUUUGGGAGUAAACCCUUUGUCAUUGGACAGGAGUAUACUGCCUGAUGGGACAAUACCUGAGAUGCCAAAAGACUUGACAUUCGGUCAUCCUAAGUUUGAUAAACUGAAAGAAAUAAUGACGUUUCAUUUUGCUAAAGCACAGCAACUAAAACAGGAUACACGAGCUAUAGUAUUCUGCGAGUACCGCGAGAGUGUGAACCUGGUGCACUGCCUACUGCUGCAGUGUCGCCCUCUCAUCAAACCGAUGAUGUUUGUGGGACAAGGUGCCUCCGGCAAAGACGGCAAAACGGUGGUAUCUCAAAAGCAGCAGUUGCGUGUGAUGCGCAGUUUCCGUGAGGGCGAGUGCAACGUGCUGGUGGCCACGUGCGUGGCCGAGGAGGGGCUCGACGUCGGCUCCGUCGACCUCAUCAUCUGCUUCGACAUAUCUACCAAGUCUCCCGUACGAUUGGUGCAGAGGUGCGGCCGAACGGGUCGAGAGCGUGGAGGCGAAGUCUUUAUUCUGGUCACCGAGGGCCGAGAACAUCAGACGUUAAUAGAAUGUAUGCGCCAACGAGAUGGGUUGAACAAGAAGGUGCUUCAAUCCAAAGAGGUUGAGAACAAUCUAUACAAGCUGAACCCUCGUAUGAUCCCCCACGACUUCAUGCCGCAGUGCCAGAAGAUGUACAUCACUGUCCAGAAGAAACACGAUCCUAAAGAGAAGGCUAAAGAAGGGAUUGAUAAGGCUAAGAAGGGACAAAAAGACCUGCGGGCAAUGUUGGCUCGACCGUCAACAAGUACCAGUUCUUUGGGCAGGGAAACUAACAGCAAAGGUUUGAUCACGGAGGAUGAGUUCAAGGAGUUAUUUCCUGAAGGAUACAGCAGCACUUCGUUGUUUGCUACACCUCAAGAGUACUGGGCGAUGAGUAGAGGACGAUUAAAGAACAUCAAUACGCCAGAAGGAACAGAGCUGAAACUAAGUAAAUGGUUGGAAUGGCAGCGGACUCUACAGACCACGGUGAACGUACAACACUCGAGGGACACGGAGAUACUGGCAGAACUGCUGCAGUACAGUGAUGCCAAGAGAUUCGACAUGCCUGUCUCUACACAAAAUCCUAGUUUCGGCAGCCAAGAACUUCGUACCCAGCCCCUCGUUUUAAGGUCUCCAGCUAAAAAUAUGUCGCCAGCAAAAGUAAAUAGAUCUCCAGCAAAAAUUAAUAAACCAACGAAUAAAAAGAAACAAAAAGUACCUUUUACAAAGCCAAUGGAUAGAAAGGAUGGUGACAUUCGAGCUCUUUUCAGUACAGCAACAAAAUCAACAAAGAAUUAUACUAAACUUAUCAGUGACUUGGGUCUACAGACUGACAGCGGUGUCCCCACACGACUUAUAAGCCUACUCGUAGACUUAACACUCGAAAAUACAAUAACUAAUAAAAAUUGCUAUGUCUGCAAAAAUAUUUGCGACUGCAAUCUUUUAAGGGGUAAAAAAGAAGACAAAAAACUGCCAAUGAUACUCUUAGAAUCUAUAAAACAACCUAAACUACCUGAUAUAUAUUUGAUCGAUGAUUUUGAUACGGACACAAUAAUGAAGUGUAUGAAAAAGUCUGAUGAAGACGAUUAUGAUGUAAAUGUGGAUAAUUUUGAUCUAGGAGAUGAUUUCCUUUGUGAAAGUCCUGUGUAUGAGUCUCCUAUUGACGAAGAAUGUAAGAAAGGAAUAGUGACUGCAGCUACAGAUAAUUUUGAUAUAGGUGACAUUGAUGAUAUUUUUGCUAAUAGCAGUCCAGAAGAAGCUAUAGAAAAAGACAUAGAGGAGGACGACAAGCCUGCAGAGAAAGGCUCAGAGAGUAUGAAAAAUGACGAUAAGCUUCUACAAAACGUUAUAGAAAAAGGCCAAGAGAUUCAAGAGGAAAGCGAAAUAGUUAUAGAAAAGAGUCAAGUGAUUCAAGACGAAAGCAAUGUAGCUAUAGGAAAGGCCGAAGAACCUAAGGAAGCUAAAGACACUCUAGGCUUCUUCGGUUUAGACAGCAUUGAUGACAUAUUUGCUGACGACGAAAUUGACAAUACACCUCCAGAACCAACUGAAAACAAAACCAAAGAUAUACCAACACAAAACGCUAAAAUUAAUAGAUCACCUUCCAUACAAUACCCACUCAGUCCCUCCAUUUUAUCUGGUAGGGUGAAACAAGAUGUGAUGACUUCACCUAUAUUGUGUAGUCAACCACGGAAAUUCCAACUAAGCACUAAAAAGAAACGAUCACCGAAUGCUACACCAAAUACGCCUAGUUGUAGAAAGCAAUUGAUUCAAGAUUCGACAAAUAACUUUGGUAUGGCUGAGCAAUCUGAGAGUUCUAAGAGAGCUAGUCUUAUAGAUACUAGCAAUAAAAGCCUAAUGACGAUCACACAGCUAGUAGAAAUGAUAAAUAAAACUGGUAAUGAAUCGACAUCCAAAACGAACGUUUCCAAUAAAGAGCAGGAAAAGGAGAGAAGUCUCUCUCCCAUACUCUUAACGCAAGCUGAAAAGAGAUCCAUGAUCCAUACAAAUUCUAUAGACAGAUCCUGUUUCAGUACGAACGCUUUAGACAAAUCUAUCGCUUCUACAUCCAAAACUAAAGACAGUCUCAUCAUACUAGACAGUGAUAGUGAUUCGGACAGCACACAAGUUUAUGAUGUCACAGAUUAUUUUAAAACUAAUAAUAAUAGCAAAAUACAUGAUACUAAUAUCAGUCCCGUGGCAAACAAGAGAAAGCGAGAGUUAGACGAUAGUAAUGUAAUAACGGCCUCUCCGUAUUUCAAUAAAAAACCAAAAUUAGACAAUGAGCCCACCAAAGAAAUAUCGUUACAAGAAAGAGUGUUAGCAGUUAUGAAAAGGAAUAAAGACAAAAUUGUGAACAAUGACAAAACUGUUCUCAAUUGUGUUGUGUCCCAAGGAUUCGUGUCUCAAAAGGAAAAUAAAAAUCCUCAGUUCUUGAACGGUGAUGCUGACGACGAGAAAAAUGAAGAACCACCAAAGCAAAUGAAUUUAAGCAUGCUACAAAUGUUCAGACGAGAGAACAAACUUGAAACAGUUAGGAAUAAGUUUAGCACAAUAUUUAAAACUCCCAAAUCUCCUUUACUCGAUAAACGGAAAAUAGAUUUUGAAGAUAGCGAUGACGACUUCGAAGAUGACAAACGCCGUGGCCCUAGCAACUGUACAGUAAACAAAAUGGAUGACAGUUACAGAUCUACCACUAAUCACAAAGUUCGAAAAAAAAAGAAAAAAGGCAACGAUUUCUUGGAUUUGGAGGCUGUACUGACGGAUGAAGAGGAUCAGAGUGGCGACGAGCUAUCGGACGAGAGCAUCGGCAGCAUAGUGGACUUUAUAUGCGAUGAUGAUAACAUCACCCACCACGAGGAUAUACAAGCUGUUUACCUUAAGUCUGUCAAGAGCCCGGUAAGAGGCGGCGGUUUUAAGAUACCAGAGUUACCAAAGAGGUUUAAUAAGGAAGAUAUUCUAUCUCAGUAUGUUGAAGAAGAUUCAUAUGAAAUGGAUAGUUUCUGCGUUGACUCCAACAUCGGUUUAACACAAGGGCACGAAAUAUCAGAGCUAGAAUUAGCAGAAAUGCGAUUAGAAGCGAAAAGAAAGGCAAAGAAAAAAGCCAGGCGAAUAAGUUCGCAGGAGGAGAGUCCGGAUAUGGCAGUGGUAAAGAAAAGUAAACCUAAAAGGCGACUUAUUGAGAGUGAUUCUGAAGAUAGUUCUUAGACGUUUAGUUAGUAAAUGUAUCUGGUGCUAUAACUUGAUGAUAUUAUCAGCUGAGAAUAGAGCUGCUAACUUUUUGUUAUAUUUUUAUAUUUACAUGAAGUUACAUACUUUUGAUGAGAUGAAACUAAAAUAGGCAAAUGUAGUGUAGUGUAGUGUAAAAUAGGCAAGUGAGUGGAGUGUCGAUAUCUGCAAGGUGGUUGGUAGUGGUUCAAUGCAUAGAGCUGAAGAUCGAGCUCAGUGGCGUGCCUUUGGAGAGGCCUAUGUCCAAUAGUGGACAGGAACGUGUUUAUGAUGAUGGUGGAAGUUACGUACUUUGAGAUUUAAAUAAAAUAAUAAAGGCAUUCGCUAAUAAUAAACGGAUGUACGAAUCUCUCAUCGUCCGUCAGAUUUUGUUUGACAGCUAACUAACUUUCGAAGUGCCAUAUAAUUAUAAGUUGAACAUUGUAAUGUUGUGGUUUAGUACAUUAAUCUUCAGUGAAGCUCUUUAAAGAAAUUUGUUACGAUAAACAUUCAGCCGGUCUGAAUAUGUCACUGUGAUAUAAAUUAUAGUUAUGAUUUAAUAAUACUUUGUAUUCAUUUUUAAGUGAAUUAUAAUUGCAAUUUGUAACUUAUUAUGUAAUUAAUGCUAGGUACUUGAUAAUUUUCUAUAAAUAGGUGUAAAUCAUGUUGUAAAUAAAACAUAUUGUAUUGCUCUUA